CUUUUACUUCUCCUUCCAUUGUCCGAGUGGAUAAUCCAGCCCCAGGUUCUACUAUGCCCAUUAAGCUCCUCCCGCAGUUUCGUCUCCUCAACCCGUCUCUUCCGCUCACCCGUUUCCCUCUCAUGAAACUCGGGACUUCUCCUCAGUCGUUUCAGGCCGUGCCCGUUUUCUCUCGGAUCUUCCCGUUGAGGCUGAGGUACUCGGCGUUGGGGUCUCGUAGUACACACAAUGAACAACUUGGUGUAUUACGGAGAUUCUCGACACGGCAGUUCCGAGCCAGGGUAGCGUCCGGAUCCGAGUUCAGGGCGGGUCGUGAGAGAGGGGAGGCUCGAACUCCCAAGAGCUUGAUUGAGGACGAGGCGGAACUCAGUGACUGGGUCAGCGAGUUGAGGACCGACAAGUUCCGUGGGAAACUCACUAGCGAGGACGAAGCCUCGGACGCAGAUAAGACUCGGAGUAGAAUUAGGGUUAGAGAUAGAGAAAAGGGUGGGGAGCCGUUUCCAAUGAAACGAAGGAGGGAGAGCGACUCGGGCGGGAUUGGUGUGCCAACUCGGAACAGAACUCGGACCCGAAAUGAUUCAUUUUCCAGAAAUGAUUCAUUUUCCAGAAAUGGUUCAUCUUCCAGAAAUGAUUCUUUUUCGAGAAAUGGUUCAUCUUCCAGAAAUGGUACAUCUUCAAGAAAUGAUUCUUUUUCGAGAAAUGAUUCUUUUUCAAGAAAUGAUUCGUUUUCGAGAAGUUCACCAACGAUUGGGCGGUUUAACAAUGAGGAAGGUCUUUCACGGAGAAGGAACGACGGACCUCGAGGAGGGAAUGGGAAUUCAUUGAGGGGAAAGAGAGGCGGGAGAGAUACGGAUUCGGGGGAUGCAAGAAGUAGAGGAGGUAAUGACGGCUUAAGAGAAGGCAGGAAGGAUUCAAGGAAGCAACCGCAGUGGAUGGAUGAUGAGGGUGAUAAUGAUGUUGUUGAAGAUGAGGAUGGAGAGAAGUUAAUGGCUGGUAUAGGGGAUUUGCUUAGCGAGGAAGACAGUGAUGGUGAAGAUAAUGAUGAUCAUCCAUUAUUGAAGAAGAGCGCGAAUGCUUUGUUUGGCUUAGAUAAGGAAGUUAGCGACAAGGUUACACCAAGGGUUUCACCUGGAAAGUCCGACUCUUAUUUAAGUGAAACUAGAUUCGAUCAGUGUACAGUAUCUCCUUUGUCCUUAAAGGGAAUCAAUGAUGCUGGAUAUGAGAAAAUGACUGUGGUACAAGAAGCAACUCUCCCAGUCAUACUGAAAGGAAAGGAUGUUAUGGCCAAGGCUAGAACAGGCACGGGAAAAACUGUAGCAUUUCUGCUUCCAUCUAUUGAAGUUGUUGUAAACUCACUGCCUAUUGGUCGAGAUCAAAAGCGUCCACCAAUCAUUGUGCUUGUAAUAUGCCCAACUCGAGAGCUUGCAUGCCAAGCUGCUGCAGAAGCUAACACUUUGUUGAAGUAUCAUCCUUCUAUUGGCGUUCAAGUUGUAAUAGGAGGUACAAGACUUGGUCUAGAACAGAAACGAAUGCAAGCAAACCCUUGCCAGAUUCUUGUUGCUACACCUGGAAGGCUCAGAGAUCAUAUUGAGAAUACCGCAGGUUUUGCAACAAGGCUGAUGGGUGUGAAAGUCCUCGUACUGGAUGAAGCUGAUCAUUUACUAGACAUGGGUUUUCGCAAAGACAUUGAGAAGAUUAUUGCUGCUGUUCCAAAACAACGACAGACUCUAUUGUUUUCUGCCACUGUACCAGAAGAGGUUCGUCAAAUCAGUCACAUUGCUUUGAAAAGAGAUCAUGAAUUUAUCAAUACAGUUCAAGAGGGCAGUGAGGAGACACAUUCUCAGGUCAGGCAGAUGCAUUUAGUUGCUCCAUUGGACAAGCAUUUUUCCCUACUGUAUGUUCUUUUAAAAGAACAUAUUGCCGAUGAUGUUGACUAUAAGGUUCUUGUAUUCUGCACAACUGCCAUGGUCACACGAUUGGUUGCUGACCUUCUUGGGGAGCUGAACUUGAAUGUCAGAGAGAUCCAUUCUAGAAAGCCACAGAGUUACAGAACCAGGAUAUCUGAUGAAUUCAGAAAGUCAAAGGGGCUUAUCCUUGUGACUUCUGAUGUAUCUGCUCGUGGAGUAGAUUAUCCAGAUGUCACCCUUGUCAUACAGGUGGGCUUGCCAGCAGAUAGAGAGCAGUAUAUACAUCGACUUGGUAGAACAGGGCGUAAAGGUAAAGAAGGGCAAGGUAUAUUGUUACUAACCCCCUGGGAGGAAUUCUUUUUGUCUACUGUGAAGGAUUUGCCGAUAACGAAGGCUCCGGUGCCUACAGUUGAUCCAGACACUAAGAAAAAGGUUGAACGAGGUCUAUCCCAGGUGGAGAUGAAGAACAAAGAAGCAGCAUACCAGGCCUGGCUUGGUUAUUACAACUCCAAUAAAAAAAUCAGCCGGGACAAGCAUAUGCUUGUUGAGCUUGCUAAUGAAUUCAGCCGAAGCAUGGGGCUUGACAACCCUCCUGCCAUUCCCAAGCUUGUUCUUGGCAAGAUGGGACUAAGAAAUAUUCCAGGUUUGCGGUCCAAGUAGACGAAAAGCUAAGGCGGUUUCUUUUUAGUCAUUUACCCAAAUUAUCGUGGAAAAAUAGUUUAUGUUGAAUAUAUUCUUUGAAGUUCCUUUGCUUUUUAAAAUUUGGUGCAUUUAUGUUCGUU